GCAGGGGCUCAGUCAGUAUCACGACGCCGGUCAGUGUGUUGUGCUGUUUGCCUCCGAGCCACUGGUUUUAUUUUAUUAUUAUUAUUGCUAUUAUUGUUAUUAUUAUUUUUCACUUUUGCUUACGUAAAAAGAGGGCAAAAGUUGGCAUUAAGUUAUUCCGAGGUGGCAGAGGACCAAGAGGAAGUAAACGGGUGAAUCUGACGUUUCGAUUUUAGAAGUCAUUAGAAAAAGAGAAAACACUACUGUCGGCCGGUGUAUAUUUUAUAGCAAUUUUUUUUUCCUCAUUUUUAUUACACCUUUUUUUUUAAUUAUCAACGUAAUUAUUUUUACCGUUAAUUUGUUUAAUUUAUUGUGGUUGAUAUGGCGUCAUCUAAGAAUCUUUUGGAUCGUCUAUCAUGCCGUCAAGUAUUGAAUAUCAUGGUGAUACUAGGAUUUAUGCUCAAUUACAUGCUCAGAGUUAAUUUAACAAUAGCUAUUGUUGCUAUGGUCUUUCCAAAUAACUCAACACAUUCCAAUGUAACGCAUGGUAAUCACGAAUGCUCCGGCGGUACUGCACCCCUGAAUUUCAGCAAUUGGACAAACCUCCAUGAUUAUGGAGGAGGAGCCAAUCGCUCAGAAAAAUAUCGUCAUAAUAAUGUGGAGGAUCACGAGAGGGCCCAGACAAAAUACAACUGGGAUGAAUACGACGUGAAUUUCAUUCUGGGUGCAUUUUUCUGGGGUUACAUAUGCACGGAGCUUCCAGGGGGUAGACUAGCCGAAGUGAUAGGAGCCAAAAGAGUAUUCGGAUACAGCAUGUUAAUUUCAAGUAUAGUAACAGUAUUUACUCCAGUGGCAGCAGCUUUUGGUCCUGGGGUAGUGGCAGCACUUCGGGUAGUUUUGGGAUUCAUGCUGGGUGCAAGUUGGCCUGCCAUACAACCAAUGACAUCUCACUGGAUCCCACCCCUGGAACGCAGCAAAUUCGUCUCGAAUAUGAUGGCAUCAUCCUUGGGAGCUGCCAUAACAAUGCCUAUCUGUGGAUUUAUCAUAGCCUCCGUCGGAUGGGAAUCCGUCUUCUACGUCACCGGAGGCAUUGGAUUGGUAUGGAGCAUUGCCUGGUUCAUGCUUAUUUUCGAUACACCUGCACAACACCCCAGGAUCACCGACGAGGAGAGGAAAUUUAUCGAGGAAUCCAUUGGCACCACUUCUUCGAAAAAAGUGCUGGCUGUGCCAUGGAAAUCAAUCUUCACUUCAGUCCCCGUUUGGGCGAUCGUAAUAACUCACGCAUGCAGUGUCUUCGGUUACUUCACCGUUGUCAAUCAGCUCCCAACGUACAUGAAAUAUAUUCUCGAUUUCAACAUAAAAGAGAACGGUCUCUUGUCAUCUCUUCCCUACAUCGGCAAAUACGUUUUUGCAUUAGCAACAUCGGCAGUCGCUGACUACCUCCGCAGUACCGGUAGCCUCUCAGUGACCGCAAUCCGGAAGAUAUUCACGACAUUUGCCGUCAUCAUCCCCGGAAUAUUUAUGAUCCUACAAGCGCACUACGGCUGUAAUCGCACAUUUUCCGUCGCUAUUUUUACGAUCGCACUGACUAUCAACGGAGGAGUAACUGCCGGAUAUCUGGGCAAUGGUCUCGACAUUGCACCCAAUUUUUCUGGCACAAUAUUCGGAUUAGCCAACACCUUGAGCUCAUUGGGUGGAUAUCUGAGCAGUCUCAUGGUGGGAUCAUUAACGUAUAAAAAUCAAACAUAUCGUCAGUGGACCUAUGUCUUCUGGAUUUUAGCUGUUACUUAUAUCACCGGAGCAUUGGUUUUUGCCUUCUUCGGGACUGGAGAAUUGCAAAAGUGGAAUAACCCGGAGGAUGUGGCAACAAAAAAGACUGAUGAUGAUGGAAAUGACGACAUUGAGGAAGCUAUUCCUUUGAAAAAGGUCACACCCCCGUGAUCUCCUCAUUUCCAUCAAUAGUUCCACUGUAUUUUUGUUUAGAUCAUAACUUAAUGUAAAUAAUAAGUGUUUUUAUAAUUUAAAAAAUCCUAAUAAACGUCUUGCACAGUAAGAAAUCA